UCAUCGGGAGCUGACACUGAUGUUGCUACGGCAACCGUUUGUUUCCUGGCUGCAGAUUUAAAAGGCUGGCUUCGGAUAAGCGCCUGUAUAUUUACGUAAUUCAAACUACUUUUGCACACUUUAAUCAUCCAGUGUAAUGUCUCGGGUAUUAAAAGCACCUCCUAAGUUUCUGCCUUCUGAGUGGAAACAUGCGAACCACACGCGCUUCAGGAGCGCAGAGGCCGAGCGAGCACGCUCCGAGCGACUCACGGCCGAGUGUAAGAGACUGAUAGAGGAGAGCGAGAAGUCGGUGAGACGCAUGCAGCAGGAUGCUAACAACAGGCUGGAGAAGAGGCUCAAAGAUAUUACGUUCUGGAGGCAGGAGCUGGAGCAGAAACUGCACGAGAUGGUACAGGAGAUCGAGCAGCUCCUGGUUAUAAAGGACCGAGUAGAGAGAGCUCUGGGGAGUUGCUCCGAGCCUCUUCAAGCCACGCUGGACUGUCUGAACGAGAGGCAGAAGCGGGUGGAGAUAGACCUGGUUCAUGACGAGGUGGAGAAGGAGCUUCUGAAGGAGAAGGAUGUGAUCGAUGGAGUGACGGCUCUCCUCCAGCGCACUCUGGAGCAGAUCGUUGAGCAGAUCAGACUCAACCGCUCGGCUAAAUAUUACCUGGAGAAGGAUCUGCGGGACAAAUUUCAGGCUGAGCGCAUCGAGGAGUUCUGCUCCCUGCUCAGCAGCACCACGGCGAGCGUCGAGGAGAAGGCUCCAGCGGGACAGUGUGCCGAUGGAGGACUCGCCGUGACUCCUCACGAAUGGGAGACGUUCUCCGACGUGAACAUCGGCAAGGCGGAGAAGGAGAGGAGUAACUCGACGUCUCUGAGGGCGCUGGUGGAGAACCUGCUGGUGCAGACGGCGGCAGACAUGCGGAGGCAGCACGAGGCCGCCGGCUCGGCCCUGACGCUGCGCAUACACGAGAUCAGAAGUGCUAAGGCGGGGCUGGAAGAUCAGCUGAGCAAGCUGCUUGUGGAGAUUGCGAGCCAGGAACAGAACCUCGAUGCGCUGAAAGUGGCCGUCGCCGAUAAAGAAGGGCCGCUAAAGGUGGCGCAGACACGGCUGCACGUGCGCAGUCAGCGUCCCAGAGUUGAGCUGUGCAACGAUCACGCUCACGCACGCCUGCUCUCUGAAGUGCAACAGCUCACCAGCCACAUCUCCAGGCUGAAAGAAAGUUUGGCCGAGUCGGAGAUGGAGCUCAGAGCCCUGACCAGAAACCAGCUGCUCCUGGAGGAGGAGAUCCAGGUCAAAUCAAACUCGCUGUACAUCGACGAAGUGAUCUGCACUCAGCUCCGUCAGGCAGUCACCAUUCACGACUUCUAAGGCAAUAAACGAUUCGUUCGCAGAGUGCAAAACUGUGAAAUAGGAAAUAAAUCAUUCAUGAAUGCUUAUCUAAAUAAAUAAAUAAAUAAAUAAAUAAAUAAAUGCAAUAUCUAAACGCUAUAUAGAGUCUUCCCAUAAAAUGGAAAUUUGAUGUUGGUGUGAAAGGUGAGAGGUGAAAGAGAGAUAAGAAAAAAAAAAAAAAAAAAAAAUCAACAGGCUGCACAAGAGUUUUUAUAUGCUCCAUCCGUUAUGUUGUAAAUCACGGUGUCUCAGGCUCCAUCAGCUGGAGCAUUCUGCCUCUCUGACUCUGAUCAUGGGAUAGAUGGGAGAAGUCAUGGCAGAGUAGUUGAGCUUCGAGUCAGUGAGUGGCCUGAAGUGAGAUAACCCCAGCUCCAGCAUCUCAUCAGCCUCAGCGUGGUCAUAUCUGAUGGUGCUGAACUGCGCCUUUAACAUAGCAACACUGAUAUUUACACCAAAACCCGCUCUGCAUUCAGCACACGUUAUCCGUUCAAUAUUCAGUGUAAUGUCAUUUGAACUUGGGCCUAAAGUAUAGUAUAACAUAACCUGAGGGGGAACUUCAUACAUCAUCCUCAAACAGCGAAGUGUAUUAUAUACUUUUAGCCGUGUCUCACAUCCCCUUUUAUGAGCUAAUACAUAAAAGCAUUGAGAGCAUGCUUACCGAAAGGAUUAAUGCUUAAAACUAGGGAUGAAUUGAUACUGAUGUUGGGUUCUGAUACUGUGUUCUGGGGUAGUGGUAGUUAAGGCUCUGGAUUACUGAUCGGAGGGUCGGGGGUUCAAGCCCCAGCUCUGCCAAGUUCACUGUUGGGCCCUUGAGCAACGUCCUUAACCCAUAUAUAUAUAUAUAUAAAGGGUGUGUGUGUAUAUAUAUAUAUAUAUAACAACAACAGCAAAUCAAGAACAUAGACACACACACAUGUGAAUGAAAUGUGUCUGAGAUGUAUUAAAACACAGGGAUCAUAAGGUCUGUCUAUCUAUCUCCCUGUCUGUCUUUCUGUCUAUCUAUCUGUCUGUCUAUCUAUCUAUCUCCCUGUCUGUCUUUCUGUCUGUCUGUAUUUCUGGUAUCUAUCUAUCUAUCUAUCUAUCUAUCCAUCCGUCUAUCUAUCUGUCUAUCUAUGUUGUUGUUAUUCUGUUAUUAAACUGAUGUAGUUGUAUGUAAUUAAAGCUCCUUAUUUUACUGGA